GCUCUAGGUGAGGAUGUUCAUGAUAAAAGUUGCAUGACGUCAAGGACCAGUCAAGAAACUAAAACGCCCUACACAUAUCGUUUCUUUCACCACGGUUUGCAGCAGCAAAGUGAUUUUUUUGCUAAUGUGCAUCUAAGAGCAAAUAUUUUUUCGCUCGCUCCUUUGUGGACUCAAAAAAUGGGAAGAUUAGACACUCUGAGAGAAUUUAAUUUAUUGUCAUGGAUGAGAGAGGAAAGACAAUCGAGGAAGUUGACCCUGGUCAUCGUUUUCAUCGCCUUGCUGCUGGAUAAUAUGCUUCUAACGGUGGUCGUCCCCAUCAUCCCCAGCUACCUAUACACAGUUGAUGAUGCAGCAGCCAACAUGGCCAAGAAUCACACCACGGCCUCCCCACACAACCCUUCUGGAACCUUCCAUACCAUCGUGUCCCUCUAUGACAACUCUGUCAGGGUAACCAGCGGGGGCCCAAUGGACUCCACACCCAUACCGUUGGAUCAGGCGCAGGCGGUCUCUCUUUCCACCUCGGCUCUCACACCCCACAACUCCACAGAGCCUGACUGCCCCAAAGCAGAUGACCAGCUUCUCAAUGAGAAUGUGAAAGUGGGACUACUUUUUGCCUCCAAGGCCACCGUACAGCUCAUCACCAACCCCUUUAUUGGGCCUCUCACCAAUAGAAUAGGAUACCAGAUCCCCAUGUUUGCCGGGUUCUGUAUUAUGUUCCUGUCAACCAUUAUGUUCGCCUUCUCAUCGAGCUACACUCUGCUGUUUCUGGCCAGAUCCCUGCAGGGUGUGGGCUCCUCCUGCUCCUCUGUGGCUGGGAUGGGGAUGCUUGCCAGUGUGUACACAGAUGACGAGGAGAGGGGAAAUGCCAUCGGGAUAGCACUGGGUGGUCUGGCCAUGGGCGUGCUGGUGGGCCCACCAUUCGGCAGCAUCAUGUAUGAGUUUGUGGGGAAAACGGCGCCUUUCCUCAUUCUGGCUGUUCUGGCUGUGCUGGAUGGAGCACUGCAACUGUUCAUUCUCCAGCCCUCAAAGGUGGAACCAGAGAGCCAGAAAGGGUCCUCACUUUGGAGCCUUAUUAAAGAUCCAUACAUACUUAUUGCUGCAGGAUCCAUUUGUUUUGCAAAUAUGGCCAUUGCAAUGUUAGAACCAGCGUUGCCUAUUUGGAUGAUGGAGACCAUGUGUCCAAGAAAAUGGCAGCUAGGCGUUGCCUUUUUGCCAGCCAGCAUCUCCUACCUGAUUGGAACGAACAUCUUUGGCGUCCUCGCACACAAGAUGGGGAGAUGGCUGUGCUCUCUCAUCGGGAUGGUCCUCGUGGGGGUUAGCAUCCUCUGUGUCCCUUUCGCCAAGGACAUCUAUGGACUGAUACUUCCGAAUUUUGGUGUUGGUUUUGCAAUUGGCAUGGUGGAUUCCUCCAUGAUGCCAAUCAUGGGAUAUUUGGUGGACCUGAGACAUGUGUCAGUCUAUGGCACUGUGUAUGCCAUUGCUGAUGUGGCUUUCUGUAUGGGCUUUGCUUUAGGUCCGUCCGCUGGAGGUGCCAUAGCGAAGAACAUUGGGUUCCCCUGGCUCAUGACCAUCAUCGGUGUCGUGGACAUCCUCUUCGCUCCCCUCUGCUACUUCCUCAGGAGUCCUCCUGGGAGGGAAGAGAAAAUGGCCAUCUUGAUGGACUCUAACUGCUCGAUGAAGACCCGAUCAUACUCAACACAGGGGAACACAGAGUACGAAGAGAUGGAGACAGAGUACGAUGAGUAUUAAAUGGACACCAGACAUGUAUGUUACCUUCCAGAGGAUCUAUUUUGUUGUACAAAAACAGAGAUACAAUGAUUAUUAUUUUUUAACAGCAAAGCUGUUUCGUUGUGAGUGUCCGUCUUCACUGUUCUGUGUCAUUGUUAUUGUACGACUAGAGCAAACCAAAGUUGUCAUUGCCCUUUGUUUAUUUUGAGCCAACAGCCUUAUCCAAUGGAAGUGGGGCCGUGUCAAAACAGGGUUUUCAUGGGCCAUAAUAGCAGACUGCUGUGAGUCAUAUUUACUGAAUAGUUCAGAUGAGGGUGGUAUUACACAGUCGUGGCCAAACGUUUUGAGAAUGACACAAAUAUUAAUUUUCACAAAGUCUGCCGUCUCAGUUUGUAUGAUGCCAAUUUGCAUAUACUCCAGAAUGUUAUGAAGAGUGACCAG